AUGCCAGCGUCAGAUUUGGAUUGCUAUUCAUUCGGUGAUGAACCUAGUGGCGUUCGAAGCUUCCCUUCUGCAUUUGAGAUUGAGCAAGCUGAUGCAGCACUGCUUCUAGGGGAUGAAGACUACUACCGCAACCACAUGUCUCAAGCUCGCAUGACCGAUUCGCCAAGCAGCCUCUACACUGCUGCAUCACCUGCAAGUAGCACAUACUUCCAAGGAGCAAGCGACUCAGAGCCUUCUCAAGCUCCUUCCGCUUCCAGUGGUGUUAGAUCUGCCUUGCAAGGCUGGAUGUCAAGAAGGCAAUCAGCAGGUCACCAGAGUAACCCCACAGGCAGCUCAUCCUUCCAUUCACAAGUUCCCGCAGCUGGUACCCGUGGAAACCCGUAUGGUGCAAUGUCCUCCUCCCCUCAACUCUCACGCUAUUCUGUCCCAAGGACUCGGCCUGACGACCGCCAAUAUCCAUCAAGACACGAUCCUCAUCAGGCACAGCCCAGUCGGCCUGAUUAUUAUCAGCAGCAACAGCAGCAGCAGCGCCCUUCUAACCCCAGUAUUAUCGAAGUUCCGGCACACAGGGAGCAAGAUCCCCAGCAUGUGCUGGUGAAGCGGAAGCUGCAGGGUGUGCAGGCGUCUGAUCAAAGAGGGAGCUCUUCUAGCAGGGCGGAGGAUUCACGGCUGUCUUGGACACCUAGUGACAAGAGAGCAAGAGAGGUUCUGGCAUAUGAACGAGCUGAAGGUGAUGGGAAGCAGUGCAAAUUGGUGUGGAAGAAGCCAAGAGCAAGCUUGGACUAG